CAGACCCCCAGGAGCCAGAGUCAUGGAGCCCUCUGAGUCGGCUGAGGUCGAGCAGGAGCAGAAGGAGAGGAAAAAGAUCCAAUUUGCCGUUCCGUCCUCUGCACCCACCAACCUGGACCCCCGCCAAGUGGAGAUGAUUCGGCGACGGAGGCCCACGCCUGCAACACUGUUCAGAGUAGCAGACCAGGCGUCUCCUGAGGAUGACCAGUCCACCCACCAGGUAAAGUGGGUCGUGGGAGAGAACGGCGUCCUCAAGCCCAAACGCAUCAAUCCCAACGUGUAUCAACCGCCGUCACUCAAAGCUGUGCAGAAGAUGGCUGAAGCACAUAUGCAGAAGCUAGGGGUGCAUCCUCCUUUGGAAGAUCCUUCUGAAGGGGAGGAGUAUGAGGACAACUGGCAGGGAGAGGAGGAUCAUCAACAAACCACCCCCAUUGACCAGUCAGGGAAGAUUUCCAGUGGAACGGAGACCGCCAGACAGAUCCAAACUGAGGAGUACGAAGAAGAGGAGGAGGAGGAGGAGAGCAAAACUGAAGCAACGACAGAGGAAGAGAACAGUCGGGGGAGUAAUUGAAAGAGAAGGGUGUGCAAGACAAUGGGGGAGGGAGGACUGUAGCAAGAGAGGGUGUUUUCAUAUAAAGGGAUAAAUCUAAAAAGUGCUCUGAACUCGGAGGUGUCGAGAGAGCCGACGCGCUGGUGUGUUUGGGUGCCAGAGCCUGGUAGAGAGACGGACAGUACACAUGAAUGAGAGCUCUGAAUGACAGUAUGCUGUAGAUGCUAAAUUUUGAUGAAAUCAAAUGUGCAAGUGAGAAAGAGAACUGAAUUAUCUGAGCGGAAGUUGGGAGAGGGGGGGAGACAUGGGGAGGUGUACCUAAGGAAGUGGUGAGGAAUGAUCUACUGAUGUACCACACCAUGCACAGCAGACUACCAAUGCCAAAUUACCCCCCCCCCCCUUUGGUCAGUGUGAUGGUGGAAGGAGCCAAGGUCAGCAUCACCCCCCCUCCCCCCGUUGAAACUCGAGCCUUUUCCUCCAAAGUCCUGCAUCCUCUCCCGCCUCCACACACAGUUCCUUGUUCAUUUAGAUGAGCUAAUCAUGACUUGUCAUCAACGCAACCUGAGCUCACAACGCAAAUACAGACACACACAGACACACACACACACACACACACAAAAAAUUGCACGUGAUCAUCUCACCAUUUUUGUGUGCUCCUAUAAGAGAAACUAUUUCUCAGAUGACCCCUUUAACGGGACUUGAGACUCCCAUGUUGUGUGUCCGUGCUGUCUGUUCGACUUUAUUUUACAACCAUGGCCUACAUUGUCUCUCUGAUGUGCAAACUCCUGCUGGCUGUUUGGUCCUCUGUCGAAAGGUGCACUUCUGCCAUCUUUUGGUUAAAAAAAAAAGGGGGGGGGACUACAAGAUCAUAGCCUAGGAUUCGACUAUGGAAUUAUUUUAUAAACGUGGUGGAUGAUUUAACUGAAGUCAUGAAAACAGACGUUGGUAUGUGUAUGGUUGUUGCAUUCAUUCAGAUUCCUGGAAUAUGUCUUCAAAAGAAGAGCAUACUAUUAUUUCCCCCCCCCAAAAUAUCUACAAACAUUGUCACCAUACGUCACCCUUUCCAAAAGGUUUCACGGAGAAUUGGGCCAUCGUUAUGGAGUCAGAACCUUCAACACAAUUGUGGCAUUCUUGACAAAUUCAUGAUUUUCCAGUGCUCGAGGGCUCUCUUCGCAUGCAAACACUUUUCUAUUCUAAUCUUUUUCUAACUGCUCAGUUAUAACUCCUAGGUUCUGGAUCUGUUGUAAAAGCUAUUUUUCUAAUCAAAUUCUGAGUAGCUUAGCUCUGUCCUGUUCAUACGUCCACUUCUGCAGUCCUGCAUGGUCCUCUGCAGAACUGGAGCAGGCCUGUCUCUCCACCUCCUACUCUGUCCCCCUGAUGAAGGAAAAUAAUAAACCCUAACACUCAAAAGCGUCCCCAAUAUUUUUACUUUCUCACUCUGGAGAUUGUCUGUUUCUCUCUAUAUUAUUUUGUUUUUUUUCAGUCAUGUUAAAACUCUGCAUUGUUAGAGACUUUUGCUUGAAUAGACGAGAGGGUUUCCAAGCUUGUACUGCUGCGGAAUAUCAAAAUAUUCCCGUCUAUAUGAUCCUGGCUGCUUCAUAUGCAUAAGGACCACAAGGCUUAUGUGAUCUCUGGCCCUGCUCAGCGGUCUGGAUGUGGACCUGCAGACUCCCCCCCCCCCCACACACACACAUACACACGUCUGCUUUGGCUCUCUACAGCUGACCCUUUCCCUCCCUCCACGUCUGACCUCCCCUUCCCAGCCAUGGCAAAACGUGUGUGUCUACGCUUAUUGGGUCUACGCUUAUUGGGUCUACGCUUAUUGGUCUUCCUUUUGCUUUUGUUUUCCUUCCUUUAAUUUCUCAAUGUGAUGUAACUGUUUUAAAGUGAGCAACAAUCUGAAUAAACUUUUUUUUUUCUG